AACUCAAAGAAACGAAAGAUGGCGGAUGGGCAGCGAAAUGGGCUCAGCAUCCAACACAAGAUACUGUUAGUUGGGGAAGGAGAUUUCUCCUUCUCUUUAUCUUUGGCUCUCAAAUUGGGCUCUGCCUCCAACAUGGUCUCCACCUCCCUCGACACCGAAUGGGAAUUACUCCAGAAAUACAACAAGGCCGGAUCCAACCUCCAGUUGCUGAAAUCGAUGGGAGCGCAAGUACUGCACAGCGUGGAUGCAACCCAAUUGAAUGCUACUGCAGAGCUGUGCGGUCGCAAGUUCGACCGCAUCAUUUUCAAUUUCCCGCACGCAGGGUUUCAUCGCGGACGCGGCGAAGCGAGUCAGUGGGUCAUCGUACAGCACAAGCAACUGGUGUCCAGUUUCUUGAAGUGCGCAUCAGGAAUGUUGCGGCCCAAUGGACAAGUCCAUGUGACCCACAAAACUGCACAACCGUUCUGCUGUUGGAACAUCGUGGAGCUUGCUCACAGGAGCUCGCUGGUGUUGGUGGAACAGGUCGAUUUCAGGGUUGGAGAUUAUCCCGGUUACAGCAACAAGAGAGGCGACGGUGACAGAGCCGAUGAGUCGUUCCCUGUUGGACUCUGUAGCAACUUCAAGUUCGCAUUCGAUCCUUGUGCUGAAACAGAGGAUUGUGAGGCCCAUCGCGCUCUCCGUUGCCCACAUUCUCGUAAGCAUGACGAUAAGUUGGCAUAUGAUUUAGAAACGUUAAAGUUUCUGCUUUCUCGAUGA